AUGAAGAUCAGCGACUUCAUUCGCAACCUCGUCUUCUUCCACUGCAAUCCGCGGCACCACACGCUGGCGCUCAUAGAAGGCAAGCGCCCCAAGCGGCUCAACCAUUUCAUGCUGCAGACCCAGUCUAUCAACGACGUGGGCGCGACCUACGAUUUGGUGCAGGACCAGGAGAUUUGGAUCACCAGGGGCCUGGGCCGCCACACCAACGAUCACAUGACCUCUUUCUACAUGAAGACCCCUUCAGGGUUCGAUGUGGAAUACGGCUGGGGAGCCCGCACGGUGGACGACACCACUUGGCAAGUGCAACGUCACGAAAACGGCAGUAUUUGGGGCCAUCGCCCGGUGCCCGCCGGUGUUGCCAGUUAA